AGGAAAAUGAAAAUCGGCGUUGUUGAUCCUGCCUGCUCGCUCCGACGACUGUCAUGACCCAGGUUUUUUCAGGGUGUGGAAUUUGCUGUUCCACUAGGCCGGAAAGUAAAGCAAGCUCAAGGAGUGUCCCUUUUUCAAAGCUCAAGCGAUUUUUGCAAAACUUCGCGCUUUGCGUCUUGAAAAUCAAUGUCGCUGUGGUUUUGCGGCACAGUGCCCUCAAUGCACACAUCAAAACCGCCCAUGCCUGGCCCCGCGACGCGGAAACUUUCCGGCAGCUCCGGUACGCCCGGCGUGCGUCGUUUAUGCGCUACAAAAACCCAGGCUACGCGGACCAGGUGCUCUGGUUUCCGCUCUGCGACGAGCAAAACGCGAAUAACUGCGACUGGUACACGUACGGCUCGUCGCAGUGCAUCUUCCACACGAAGAUGCGCAACAACAUAUUCUGAGUAAAAACGUACCCACACCAGAGUCAGGAUGAGGAUUUUGCAACACAAACCUAGGAGUUUUGUGACUCACGCAUGACAAGUUGCAGGCUGUAUUGUAGUGCAGUUUAGCAAGGGAAGCCGCAUAACAAAUCCACCUCCUCAUCCUGUUCACAGCAUCACAAAUUCCAAAUCACGAUAAGAAAUGGCACUCAUGCGGAUGCGCAUUACAAGUCUUCCUGUCUUUGCAAAUCUGCAUUACAGGGUACGUUUUUACUCAGGAUACAACACGAAGAAGGAAGACACCGUCCUGCUCAACAGCAACUGCCAGCUGCGGUCCGACAAAGCCGGCCCCUUCUAUUUCCAGCUGUUCCACUGCCCCCGAAAUCUGCCCAUCGCGGCCUUUGUCCUGCCGAAGUCCGGCACGACCAGCAGUCUGAACUGGCUAUUGGAGCAUGAGGACGUCUGGCCCACAUUAUCCCACGCCGCGGAGAACAUGCGGCUGCGGCCGCAAGAUAUGAUGAACUGGCUCUCCGAAGAAGCCUCCUGGUGGGUUGUGGACCAGGAAACCGCUUCGCACGUCGCGAACCGCGUGAUGCACCGCUGGCCGGCGGAUGUAGAAACGCAGAUGAAUGCGGAGAAAAGGCUCUUCCUGCCCCCCGCGCACCUCUGCCCGUUGUGCUGCGCCAAGGGGCACGGACGGUUGCGGGUGUUCGUCGCACGGAAUCCGUUCGUGCGGUUGGUCUCGUUCUACAAGUACCGGUGGCUGCAAGGAUACAACGAUACCAUGAAAGAGGCUGAGCAGAACCACGAAAGUUUAUUCGCAGUAGGCACGACCAAAACAGCAACGGCUUUGCCCAACGUGGAUGUUGUCGACAAUGCGGACGACGUCGGGACAGCGACUAGCAAAAAUCAGUCCACCGGGCUUUUCUACGAGGAGCGGGGCUUUCUCCCGGGGACGAAAGACCGCUACUACUACUCGUGGAAGCACUUUGGCGCUUGGGUGCGGAAAUUGCUGCAUUUCCGCAGUCUGCAGCCGUUCCACAAAGACCACGCCACGGCGUUUCAGUCGCGGGAAAAGGCAAAAAAAUGCGAGAAGUCCGCUGAUAUUGGCGCUUACCACUGCCAGGACUUUACGUUCGAGUUCGACGCGAGCGAUAUCUUCCACAUUCGACCGCUAAUCGACAUGCUGAAAGACGAAAGAUUUGUGGAAACGGUCGGGGAAGAGCCGGAGAAGUUUCUGUUUGGUCAGGGAUCGGGAAAUAAACAAGCAGAAACUACAGAAGUAGACCAAAGCGCAGACAGCGGCGAGAUCUUCAUUCUCCACCUCGAGACCAUGAAACAGGAUCUGGAAAAGCUGUACGACAGGAUUUGCGAACUGUACGGAAGGUUUUGUCGUGCAGCAGAAAAUGGUGCAGCAGACACAUCACCCACUCCUUCCACAGAAGCAGGACAGACCACUACUACUGCAGUCGACCCUUCUUCAUCAAGACGUAUGUUUGUCGCAGACGACGCCGGCAACCCACUGGAGGUGACUUCUGACUAUGUGGAGGAUGGUAGGUUUGGGGAGUACAAGGACGUAAUCCUCCCAAGAUACAACGAGCGACACGCGUUCCCCAAAGUCUACCCGACCACGAACAAACGGCCGGAGGGGGCGAACGCCUGCGACUUCGACGCGAAAACUUUAUCGUUCUCUGCAGAUUGUUUGACGACGUGGGGGGAAUUGUGGGGAGAGGACGGGGCGCUCGCCGAAUUGGUGCGGCAGCACUACGCGUUGGAUUUCGCGUUGUUCGGGUAUAGCGCGGACCCCGCGUCCGUGAUGCCGGUGGAGGGGGGAACGGAUAAAGUGAAGGUGCGGAGACUACUGGAAGAAUUCGUGAAGUAACUAGUAUGUAAGUUAUCCUCGUCGCGCUCGCGUUGUUGAGUCUAUCACUAAUGUACGCAGUAACGGAGAACUGAAAGAUGUAAAUGAACCAAAAAAUUGAGAAUCCCGUAAGGCGAUCGUCAAAAGGAAAGAAAAAAGCACUCAAGC